GGGCUGCGCCAAGGCAUCAGGAGCAGACGGCACAGACGAGCAGGAUGAGCCAGACCCCCCUAUCCUCGGCACCACGGGGAUGCAGCAUGAGGCCGAGGGGUGCCCCACGCCUCCUCCCUGCACUCUGCAUCCUCUCAGUGCUGGCCGGACUUCUGCCCCAUGGCAUGGCCCAGUGGUUCUACCCACUGGGCUCUGAAGACACCACUCCGGAGCUCGGCACCAGCCCUGCAACCCCCACACUGCCCACCCUGCGUGGGGAGGAAGGUGCUGCUGACUCAGAGCCCAUGAAGAAGCUGCCGCUGAGCAAACCCCCAUUGGGAACAGCCUCAAGAAGACGGGAGCCCUCUGCAAAGACCAAGGGCCAUGGCCAUGCCCGGCUGCAAACACGAGCCCAGCACAACCACCCCACGGCCACCCCGCAGAUCUUUGAGGGCAGCGCAGAUGAAGAGGAGUUCCUGCAGAUCAAGACCACGCCAAAGGGGCUGCCCCUGCGUGUGCCCUCAGACCCUGGGCUGGAUGUGACCCUGCAGAUACGCAACAGCUCCAACUGCAUCUGCCCUGCACGCCCCGGCCCUCCCGGCCCCAAGGGAGAGAAAGGUGACCGUGGGUUCCCCGGGGAGCGGGGCCAGCCAGGGCUGUCUGGGGAGAGAGGAAGGACAGGCAGCCCGGGGCAGCCGGGUCAACAGGGGCCUCGGGGCCCCCCUGGACCACCAGGACCUCCAGGGCCACCAGGACCACCGGGUGCUGGGGGAGCCAGGAGUCCAUCAGCACCCGCAGCGCUCCCAAAGGAAUCAGAGAGAGAGCUGGGAGCAGCCAGCCCCAACGGGAAGCCAGGACCCCCCGGUGCCCCAGGGCUGCCCGGCCCCCCCGGCCCACCUGGAUACCCAGGACAUGAAGGAUCUCCAGGGCACCCCGGGCGGGAGGGGCAGCCUGGCCCCCCCGGCCCACCGGGGGCUGUGGGGCCACCCGGGUUCCCAGGGAGUGAAGGAGCUCCAGGAUCCCCAGGCUUGGCUGGGCCCGAUGGCCCCCCGGGGGCACCAGGACUCCCAGGCACACAGGGACCCCCUGGGGCACCCGGGCAUGAAGGGCCUCCCGGCCCCCCAGGACCCGCGUCAUUCCCUGGCAAACCAGGGCUCCGAGGGGAGCCAGGAUUCCCAGGAUUAAAAGGUGAUAAGGGUGAGCAAGGGUUGCCAGGCAUGCCAGGAAGCCCUGGCCGCACCGGGGAGAUGGGAGCCCCAGGGAUGCCUGGUCCUAUGGGACCACCAGGGCCACCGGGGGACUACAGGUGUGAAACACGCCAUGCUGGGCACCAUGGAGCAGCCGGCCCACCAGGUCCCAAGGGUGAAAAGGGAGAUCCAGGAGAGCGGGGCUGCUGCUAUGGGGAGCCCGGCUGCAAACCAGGCCACCUCCCGUUCCCCGGCCCUGGCAGCCAGUCCAGCACCUGGUACCAGCUGCACAAGGAGGAGCCGGAUAUCUACGGAGCGAUCGUUCCCCAUGGUCCCCGAGGUCCCCCCGGCCCCCCUGGUCCCCCCGGCCCCCCUGGAGCCCCAGGACUCCUCUACCUCAAUCGGGUGUACCCCAUACGAGGACAGCAGCCCUGCAAGCAGCCGGCAGCGGCCAGCGCAGCCUGGGCAGUGGCUUCUCCAGAUGCUGAUAUUCCCCACCCAGAGCCGCUGGAGCCCAGUGCCGACCUCCAGCGCCAAACGUGGGUGUUCAGGUCGAAGGAGCUGAUGUUGAAGUCCAGCAGCGCCAUCCCCGAGGGCAGCCUGGUCUACGUGCGGGAGGGGAGCAGCGCCUUCCUGCGCACCCCCCGGGGCUGGAGCAGGCUGCUGCUGGAGGACUCGGAGUCGCUCUUUGCGGGUGACGACCCCUCCGCCGCCACAGCACAAUACCAGGAGGCAAAGCAGGCACGGACACGAGGUCCCAGCACAGAGCCACCCUCGGGGGUCCGGGCGGACUCAGUGGCCCUGCAGGAGGACGGAGCUGUGCUGCCCAGCACCCCGCCGACCACCGCAGCCCCCAGGAUGCCCUCUCUCCGCCUGGUGGCCCUGAACGUGCCCCUGUCCGGGGACAUGAGCGGUAUCCGCGGUGCCGACCUGCAGUGUUACCGGCAGUCCCACGAGGCCGGGCUCUACGGAACCUUCCGGGCGUUCCUGUCGGCCCCCAGCCAGGACCUGGCCUCCAUCGUCAAGAGGACGGACAGGACCCUCCCCAUCGUCAACCUGAAGGGCCAGCUGCUGGCUCGCUCCUGGAGCUCCCUCCUGCAGAGCCCGGCUGGAGCCGCCCUGCGCAGCCCCAUCUACACGUUCAAUGGGCGCAACGUGCUGAGCGAUGCCCUUUGGCCCCGCAGGUUGGCGUGGCACGGAUCCACGGGGCGGGGCGGCCAUUCCCAGCGCCGGGACUGUCAGGGCUGGCGGAGCUCCGGCCCCGGGGAGGGUCUGGCGGCCCCGCUGGGUCCGGGCCGGCUGCUGGCCGGGCAGCGCCGAAACUGCUCCGAGGAGCUGGCGGUGCUGUGCGUGGAGGUCGCCUUCCCGUACCGACACAUGUGGUGAGAGACCCCCGGAAUUGGGGGGGGCUGCGGCUGGGAGCAGCGGGACACCGGACACCCCGUCCAUCACGGAGCCCCCCCCCCCCCCCCCACACACACACAGCGCCCACGUUUCCUCGGAUAUAAAUAAAGGAUCAAUCAAAGCUGCA